GAGUUCCGCACCUGGAUCGGUGCCUGCGCCCAUGAUGCCGUAUCAAGUUCUGCCCGGUCAGGCUAUGAAUCCGGCAAUGAGACCUUAUGCUCCAAUGCCGAAUGGUUUUGUGGCUACUCCGCAAGGGACUAUGAAUCCAGCCGGUGGGUUAUGCCUUCUUUAGUGCUAUAUGUAUCUCUCUAUCUUUCACAUCAUUCAGAUUUCGCCCGUUCAAGUAUAUCUCUGUCUAAUUUCUUCCCCGUAAUUCAUCUGAAUUUAUCACGCCAAUAGACGUUAUUUUAUACUAUUUUGGACGCAUGAUUGUAACUAGUAGUUCAAUCACUGUGAUAGUUGUAUUUUGUUAUUGAAUAUGGAUAUUGAGCUGGUAAAUGGAACCACAUAAGCAUUCUUUAAUUUAGUAGUGUGGAAGAGUGUGUUAAAAAGAGUUUGGGAAACAUUUAGAAAAUUCGGAAUAGGGGCAUCGAUGACAGGAUGUUUUCUCCUACAGUGUCUUGAUUGAAUUCCUUGAGAGAGGUUGGAAGGGCUACAUAUUGCUUAAGAGAUCCACUUCUACAACUCCUUUUUGGUAUGCACAUAUUCACCUGGUUCUUCUUGAUUGCCCUUAGAAUAAAGCUAGUUUUGAUGAACGCUUUAUUUUAUGCACUUAUACCAGCCCAUUAAUUUUUCCCAUAACUUUCAAGUUAAAGGUUAUGACACAAUUCAGUGUAAUUGCUAAAUUAUGUCUGGUUGUGUCAUGUUCAUUUUAGUAGGCUACUUUGUGGUAGUUAUAAGGCCUCUUUCCCUUUCAUGGGUCUAUGAAUUGCGAGCAGCAGAUCAUCUUACAAACUGAGUGCUCAUCCUUAUGUUGUAAGGUUGUCUGAUCAGCUGGUGAUAGUUGCCAUGCCUGUUGGUGCCAUCUCUAAUAUGAUUUUAUGUGUGGUAACAAAUUUUUUAUUAUUUUCCAGAUUAUUGUUUUUUGUAUGCUCGGUUAUAGGAAAAAUAAUUAUUGACUACUUUAAUGUGUAGUCAUGCACUGACAGAUCUGCAUAAAUGCUUUUUUUUGUGUGUAGGACUUCCCCGAUAUCUUUCUCCAUACCCAGCUAUGGUUAGGCCUGCUUUUCCUCCACGACCAGUUGGAGCAGUUGGCAUGCUUCCAGGAGUGGCACGUCCCCUUGUUCCAGGUAUCCCGGGAGUUCGGCCAGUUAUACCUCCUAUUAUGAGGCCAGUUGUGCCUUCCGUUACACCAGUGGAGAAACCUCAGACUACAGUAUACAUUGGCAAGAUAGCACCAACAGCGGAUAAUGAUUUUAUGCUCUCUCUCCUUCGGGUCUGCGGACCUGUCAAGAGCUGGAAGAGAGCACAAGAUCCCUCAGAUGGGACUCCUAGAGGCUUUGGAUUCUUUGAAUUUGAGUCAGCUGAUGGGGUCUUACGUGCAUUAAGACUGCUUAGUAAAUUUAAUAUUGAUGGGCAGGAGCUGGUGUUAAAUGUUAAUCAAGGAACGAGAGAAUAUCUUGAGCGAUAUGUGAAGAAGAAAACUGAAAAUGCAAAGAAGCCAAAGGAAGGUCAAGCUGCUGAGGAUGGGAGAGAAGGGGAUGGUGCUUCAGGUGUUAAGAAGAAUGAAGAACUUAAAUCGUCUGCGGAAGACUUGAAGGAGGAAAAUGAUGCGAAGAGCAAAGAUAACAAUGAUGUUGCCAACUUUGGGAUUGUGACUGAUGAAGACAUGGAAGGUGAUCAAGAUGCCCUAAAGAAGCUUACAAACAUGAUAGAUGAGAGGUUAAAGACCAAACCACUACCUCCACCUCCUGCAGAAAUACCUGCUGAUAGUUCUGGGCAUGGAAACCCAGACUUGCCAGCUAGAUUGAGGGAAGGAGACUCUGAUGUAGAUAUAACUAAAAAUGAUGCAGCCAAUGAUAGAAAUGAUGAUGAGACUACUAGUGACAACAAAGCAACGAGUGAGCCUGAUAAGCCUGAAACAAGCUCACCUGAAAGGAGUAGAAGAUAUGACAGAAGAAGCAGAGAUAGAGACAGAGACAGAGACAGAGAUGUAAAAGGAGACAAGGAACGAGAAAUUGAGAGAUACGAAAGAGAUGCAGAGCGAGAACGAGUAAGGAAAGAGAGGGAGCAAAGAAGAAAAAUAGAGGAGGCUGAGCGUGAGUAUGUGGAGCGCCUUAAAGAGUGGGAGUAUAGAGAACGAGACAGAGAGAAGCAGCGACACCAGGAGAAGGAGAAGGAAAAAGAAAGGGAACGUAAGCGCAAGAAGGAGAUUCUUUAUGAUGAAGAAGAUGAGGAUGAUGAUUCAAGGAAAAGGUGGCGAAGGAGUGCGCUGGAGGAUAAAAGGAGGAGGAGACAGCGUGAAAAAGAGGAUGACUUGACCGACAGGCUAAAAGAAGAGGAAGAAAUUGCCGAGGCCAAGAGGAGGGCCGAGGAAGAACAGCAGCAGCAGCAACUACAAAGAGAUGCAUUGAAACUUUUGUCCGGACAUGUUAUCAAUGGAAAUGAGAAAAAAAUAACGGCCAAAGAAACCAGUUCUGAAGUUGAAAAUAAAGCAGCUGAUCAGGCUUACCAGGAUGUAGGUAAUCUACACCAUUUAGGCAACGAAGCUUUACGGAAUGGUACUACUACUAAUGAAGAUUCAGCCACAGUGGCAAAUGCUGAACCAGAAUUGCAGCAGAGUGGCAACGCCCCCGCAAGAAAGUUGGGGUUUGGUUUAGUUGGUUCUGGAAAACGAACUUCUGUUCCUUCCGUGUUCCAUGUGGAAGAUGAUGAUGAUGCACACAAGGAUAAAAAGAUGAGGCCCCUGGUUCCCAUUGAUUAUUCAACUGAGGAACUGCAGUUUGUCCAACCUAGUGUUUCUGGAGCACAACCUGUAAAUCUGGCUGCUGCGGCAGAGUUUGCGAAGCACAUCUCACAUGUUGCUUCUAAAGAAGAGAAGCCUGAUGCAGAAAAGGAAAGAAGCAGACGUUCUCAUGAUCGUUCAAAUAGAAGGGAUAGAGACCGGAAUGAUGAGGAUAAGAGUCGCAACAGAGAUGAGAACAAAGGGAAGACUUAUGAUCGAGAGACGGAGCGAGAGGUGAAGACACCAGAUACUAAGAAGCUCUUAGAUGCAAAACAACUGAUUGAUAUGAUCCCGAAGACCAAGGAGGAAUUGUUCUCAUAUGAAAUAAAUUGGGCUGUGUAUGACAAGCACGAACUGCACGUGAGAAUGAGACCAUGGAUAUCCAAGAAAAUUACAGAGUUCUUGGGAGAGGAAGAAACCACCCUUGUAGAUUACAUUGUAUCGAGUACUCAAGAUCAUGUGAAAGCAUCCCAAAUGCUGGAGCAGCUUCAGUCUAUAUUAGAUGAAGAGGCUGAAAUGUUUGUCCUGAAGAUGUGGAGGAUGCUCAUUUUUGAAAUUAAGAAGGUGGAGACGGGUCUUUCAGUGAAGUCAAGAAGCUAGCCAAAGUCUACAUUAUUAUCUUUAUGAUUCCCUUCCUCACAAUAUGAUGCAUAACCAUUGCUUUUCAGAGGCUUAGUUUUCCAGUAGCAUAGAUUAGACAAUAGAUUGUAUGAAGCUCAUUUUUUUUGUUUCCUUUCAAAGUACAAUCACUUUCCGUCAGCAAAUGCAUCUAUAGAGUUUCGCUGGUACAUUUCUUGUAUGAAAAGCUGCCUUUGAUACAGAAAUAUUGUUUACUGAAUGAAUGAUACAUUUUGAGUUA